AUGGAUCCUGAAGUGAGGCUUAGUAGCCCACCAGGGAAGCCCAAAGACUCAUCCAGUGUUGAUGGUCAGUCAGUGGUGACCCCAGUUGGACCAGAAACUGGAGGAGAGAAAGAUGGACCAGAAGAAGAGGAAGAAGAGGACUUUGAUGACCUCACCCAAGAAGAGAAAGAUGAAAUGUCAUCAGCUUCUGAGGAAUCUGUGUUUUCUGUCCCAGAACUCCAGUUUUAUAAGAAGACCAAACAGCUGCCAGUCUUAGUAAAAUGCUGUGAAGAGAUCCAGCCACAUCAGUGGAAGCCACCUGUAGAGAGAGAAGAACACCGGCUCCCAUUCUGGUUAAAGGCCAGUCUGCCGUCCAUCCAGGAAGAACUGCAGCACAUGGCUGAUGGUGCUAGAGAGGUAGGAUAUGUGACUGGAACCACUGAGAUCAACUCAGAUCAUGGCCUAGAAAAAGACAACUUGGAGUUGGAGAGUGAAACUCGGUACCCACUGCUAUUGCCUAAGGGUGUGGUCCUGAAACUGAAGCCAGUUGCCACCCGUUUCCCCAGGAAGGCUUGGAGACAGAAGCGCUCAUCAGUCCUGAAGCCCCUCCUUAUCCAGCCCAGCCCCUCUCUCCAGCCUAGCUUCAACCCUGGGAAAACACCAGCCCAAUCAACUCAUUCAGAAGCCCCUCCGAGCAAAAUGGUGCUCCGGAUUCCUCACCCGAUCCAGCCAGCCACUGUCUUGCAGACAGUUCCAGGUGUCCCUCCACUGGGGGUCAGUGGAGGUGAGAGUUUUGAGUCUCCUGCAGCACUGACUGCUAUGCCCCCUGAGGGCAGGACAAGCUUCCCUCUGUCUGAAUCCCAGACUUUGCUCUCUUCUGCCCCUGUGCCCAAGGUAAUGCUGCCCUCCCUUGCCCCUUCUAAGUUUCGGAAGCCAUAUGUGAGACGCAGACCCUCAAAGAGAAGGGGAAUCAAGACCUCUCCCUGUAUGAAACCUGCCCCUGUUAUCCACCACCCUGCAUCUGUUAUCUUCACUGUUCCUGCUACCACUGUGAAGAUUGUGAGCCUUGGCAGUGGCUGUAACAUGAUCCAGCCUGUCAAUGCGGCUGUGGCCCAGAGUCCCCAGACUAUUCCCAUUACCACCCUCUUGGUUAACCCUACUUCCUUCCCCUGUCAAUUGAACCAGCCCCUUGUGGCCUCCUCUGUCUCACCCUUAAUUGUUUCUGGCAAUUCUGUGAAUCUUCCUAUACCAUCCACCCCUGAAGAUAAGGCCCGCGUGAAUGUGGACAUUGCAUGUGCUGUGGCUAAUGGGGAAAAUGCCUUUCAGGGCCUAGAACCCAAAUUAGAGCCCCAGGAACUGUCUCCUCUCUCUGCUACUGUUUUCCCCAAAGUGGAACAUAGCCCAGGGCCACCACCAGCAGAUGCAGAGUGCCAAGAAGGAUUGUCAGAGAACAGUGCCUGUCGCUGGACUGUUGUGAAAACAGAGGAGGGAAGACAAGCUCUGGAGCCGCUGCCUCAGGGAAUCCAGGAGUCUCUAAACAACCCUACCGCUGGGGAUUUAAACGAAGUUGUCAAGGUGGAACCUGAAGAUGCUAGAGAGGAAAUCAGUGGAUCCCCUGAGCUUGACAUUUGUGAUGACAUCAAAGAGGAACAUGCUGUGGAAUUGGACACUGGUGUCCCAAGCGAGGAGUUGAACAGUGCUAGAGAGGUAAAGAAACAGACAGUCUUACAGAAGGAAGAGGAGAGGAGUCAGCCAGCCAAAACCCCUUCAUCUUCUCAAGAGCACCCUGAUGAAGGAACCUCAGUGACAGAUGUGAACAAAGGAUCAUCAAAGAAUGCUUCGUCCUCGAUGGAUCCUGAAGUGAGGCUUAGUAGGCCCCCAGGGAAGCCAGAAGACUCACCCAGUGUUGAUGGUCAGUCAGUGGAGAUUCCAGUUGGGCCAGAAACUGGAGGAGAGAAGAAUGGGCCGGAGGAAGAGGAAGAAGAGGACUUUGAUGACCUCACCCAAGAUGAGGAAGAUGAAAUGUCAUCAGCUUCUGAGGAAUCUGUACUUUCUGUCCCAGAACUCCAGGAAACAAUGGAGAAACUGACUUGGCUGGCAUCUGAAAGGCGCAUGAGUCAGGAGGGUGAGUCUGAAGAAGAGAAUUCUCAGGAGGAGAACUCUGAGCCGGAAGAAGAGGAGGAAGAAGAAGCAGAAGGAAUGGAAAGCCUGCAGAAAGAGGAUGAAAUGACGGAUGAAGCAGUUGGAGACUCAGCUGAGAAGCCUCCUUCUACUUUUGCCUCAUCUGAGACUGCUCCAGAAGUGGAAACCAGCGGAACUCCACCAGCUGAGUUAGGCAAGCCUAUACUGAAGGACCAGUCUCACUUAACCUCAUUGUCUAGAGGACAGUGUGCAGAGUGGAUAGCUUAUAAACAGAUGGAGGAUUUCCAGAGGAAACCCUCUGGAUCUCUUCUGCAACCCCCCACCCCCAAAACACGUUUAAUGUGUUAUCUUUGUGGAGAACGGAUACUCAGAAUUUUUUUUUUGAGAUGGAAUCCCCUCAGGGAGCAGAAGGACUUGGCUUUUGCCCAAGCUUGUCUGACCAGGUUUGAGGAGCAGCAGGCUUUUGAGAAGAGCCGCAAGUUCCUUCGGCAGCUGGAGAUUUGCUUUGCAGAGAACCCCUCACACCACCAGAAGAUUAUCAAGGUCCUCCAGGGCUGUGCAGACUGCCUUCCCCAGGAGAUCACCGAGGUAUUCUUUCCUGUCCUGCUUUCUUCCUGUUGUCUUCUGGGCCUUAGACCUUUCCCUUGUCUCUUUCCCCAACCUACUCCAUACCUUUUUGCCUCUGGAGUGUCAUGGGUCUGUGGCAGCAAAUCCUACAAGAGCAAGGAGCCCCAUGAGGCCACCCAGAUCAAGACUGUCAGGACCACCAGAAAGGGAGAGAUGCCUGUUUCAGGAUUGCCAGUGGGGGGCACUUUGCCGUCCCCUCGAGAAGUGACUCUUACAGAACGGCUCCUCCUGGAUGGCCCACCACCUCAUUCACCAGAGACUCCUCAAUUUCCCCCCAAAACUGGAGCUGUACUGUACACUGUUAAGAGAAACCAGGUUGGGCCUGAGGUUCUCUCCUGCCCCAAGGCAUCCCCCAGACUUCAGAAAGAGAGGGAGGGCCAAAAGGCAGUGGGUGAGUCAGAGGCUUUGAUGCUGGUCUGGGAUGCAUCAGAAACUGAGAAAUUGCCUGGUACCGUGGAACCCCAUGCUUCCUUCCUGAGUCCUGUUUCCUCAAAGACCAGAGAUGCAGGGAGAAGACAUGUGUCCGGGAAACCAGACACUCAAGAGAGAUGGCUGCCCUCAAGCAGAGGUAGGGUGAAGACAAGAGACAGGACAUCCCCUGUCCAUGAAUCUCCAUCAGGAAUUGACACGUCAGAGACUUCUCCCAAAGCCCCUAGAGGGGGUUUGUCUAAAGACAGUGGAACACAGGGCAAGGGUCCAGAGGGGGAGCAGCAGCCAAAGGCCACAGAAGCUACAGUGUGUGCCAACAACAGCAAGGUCAGCUCCACUGGGGAAAAGGUUGUCCUGUGGACAAGGGAAGCUGACCAUGUGAUCCUCACCAUGUGCCAGGAGCAAGGGGCACAGCCACAGACCUUCAGCAUCAUCUCCCAGCAGCUGGGAAAUAAGACCCCUGCUGAGGUCUCCCACCGUUUUCGAGAACUCAUGCAGCUCUUCUGCACUGCCUGUGAAGCCAGCUCUGAGGAUGAGGAUGAUGCUACCAGUACCAGCAACGCAGACCAGCUGUCUGACUGUGGGGACCUUCUGUCUGAAGAGGAGCUGGAUGAAUGA